AUGGCAUCGUCUCUACGGAUAGGCCAGCUGGUCAAGGGCGUACGAGACGUGUAUGUCGUUGUGCAGAAGCUUCACAACCAAGUCUGGAGCGCCAGUGCCACGGCGCGGAACCAAGUCGUGCUCAAAUGCGCGCCUGAGAUGCGCAUACAGCGUGAAAAAGAAAUCUUGCAACAAUUCGAAGGCCAUUCGUGUCUCCGAAGCUUCAUCGACCAUGGCAAAGAACCAUCGCCCUUUCUCGCAUUGGAGUACCUCGAGCUCGAUGCGCUGAAAGCUUCUGGCCGAGCAAAACUUUCGAGACAAGACAUUAAAUUCAUCGCUCGCAGCGUUCUCACCGCGUUGGAAUCCCUACAUGCGAAAGGAAUCGCCCACACGGACAUUAAACCAGACAAUAUACUCCUCAACUUUGACGCAAAGAGUUCAAGAGUCGUGGAAGCCAAGUUGGCCGACUGUGGCGACGCUUGGAAUGUCGGUUUGGAGACUGACCCUCGCGGCACAGCCCAUCCAAUUGGCGCUGCAAUUUUUCGAAGCCCAGAAGCCUUGCUGGGCCUGAAAUGGUCGACUCCUACGGAUAUAUGGUCAUUCGGGGCUACGCUAAUCAGCCUCAUCUUUGGGCGAAAUUUCCACAUCUUCAAGCCUCCUAACAUAUCGGCAGAUGAUGAAGAGUUUCCUGUAAAUGUCUUGAUACAGCAAGCGAGAUACUUUGGACCCUUUCCCUUGACCUACGCAACGUAUCUCGACAAAGAAGAGGAACAGGUCCUGGCUGCGAUUCACAUCUUAAUAGAAGAGCAGGAUUCUCGGAAGCCGUUUCCCCUGGUAGAAGACAAAGAGCUCACGUUAGGAGACAAGGAAUUUCUUUGUACAGUCAUGGAACUAGACCCGAUGGAGAGGCCUACGGCAAAGGAGUUGCUCACACACUCGUGGUUUAAUCAGCAGUAAUAGACGAUAGUAUCUCUACGU